AUGAUCGUCUUCGGAUCCCGCCCAAAGGCCCCAGGCUGCUGGCUGGCGGCGUGUUUCGCCACUUGCGCCGUGCUCGCGCUCGCCGCUCACGCCCUGUCACCGAGAGGGGCUUCGCUUGAGCCGGCGGCGCAGCUCUCGCCAGAGUCAGCAAGCGGAUGCACCUUUCUGAUGACUGCAGACGCGUCAGACCGGGGGGCGGGGGGCAGGCUUGCGGGCGAGCUGUCCGCUGCGAUCGAGCAUGCCGUUCUGGCACAAGAUCGGCGGGCCAGGCUGGUCGUCCGAGCCCACCCGGACGCGCAGGCCAACGUUGUGAUGCUCCUUGGCAAGGUGACGGCGCCGGCGGCGAUCGAUUACAAUGCAUUGGUGCGAUCGGUCUCGCUCGAGAUGCCGAACCGGAAGGCACACGAGCGGCGGCGGGCCGGUGUCGGUUGGUGUGGGCCGGCGCGCCUAGCCGUGGGCCAGAGCCGCGGCACCGCGGGCGACCCGAGCGGACAGGCCCCACGGCCACCCAACGAGAUAAUCGUUGCGAAGCGAGCGUGUCAGCUCUUUCCGUCUGCUCUCACCAAACCGCCGACGCACAAGCCAAAGCUGUUGCAGAUCGCCUUGAUCCACGAAGAGUUUGCUGGCUCGAUUGCCGCCUGGGGCUGUAGCUCAAGACUGCGAGCAACAGCGGAUUCCACCCUCGGAUCAUCUCCAACCGGGUCGCAAUCAGAGGUGUCCUGCGGGCUGCGCUUGCUUUCCAACGACGAUCGAGGCGGGUCUGAGCGAGCCGUGCGGCGACUCGAGCGGCGCAACGAGAAGAAUCUGACGAUCGCGUAG